UCUGUAGAUUAUCUGCCAGUAAAGAUUCUUCAGAUCUACAUGUGUGGCUUCAGGUAGAGGAGGACCAUCUGUAAAUGCCGCCGGUUCCGUUUUCGGUCAAGUGGAAGUGGUUGGUGCGUAUUUAGCUCAAGUCUAACGAACUAAAGGUGCAUCGAUUGCCUAGCGCUGGACCGCUGCUAAUGACCGUUGAACGGGUUCCGGAUUGGGAACGAGUCGGUCCGACCCGAGAGCAUAAACGCUCCCUCAACUGCAGGAUCGACAUUACCCACGAACCGCGCCUAAAUCCAGUGCCAUGUAGCGCUAUCAUCACCUUAUUGAGUAUGAUACGGGACUCUAUCUACCAUCAACACUACGCAGUUAUUUAUAAUAGCUUGGCAGAUGCUUCGCUUCCGUGGCAAAUGCUUCUCUUUCGUGUUAGACGCCUCUCUUCCGUAGCAGAUGCUUCUCACCCAUCGCCGAUGUUUCUCUUUCGUGGCAGAUGCUUUGCUUCCGUGGCAGCAUUUAAUCUAUACAGGAGGCCUGGAGAGGAUCACUUCCUCAUGAGUCGUGCGAUUUCUCGACUUGUGCAAUCUUGAAAGCAAAUGUCCAACCGACGGCCGCGCCUGCCACCCAAACCAGGGAACCCCUCGGGCCAGGAGAAGAGCGAUUUUCCGCAGCCCAGCCAGAGCUUAGAAAGCCGCAGACAAACCCGCCAUGCCCCAAAGGAGCUGGUAUGGACAGAGCCACGUACUAUUCCAGCAGCUGUCCACAAGAACGCCCCAAUAUAUUCGACGCCGCCGAAUGAGAUUCUGUUGAGCAGGGAUGGCGAAAUAACAGACUUAAUGAAACCGCUUUGUGCGUUACAGGACGGCUUAGCACAGAGCUGGAAGACGAAUUCGGAGUUCCUCGAUCUUGAGAACAUGUCAGAUGUGGCAGACGACCUCGAUGAUGUCCAAAGCUUCUUUAAUUAUCCCACACCACUACCCGUUGUUGGACCCGUAACUACACGUUCCCUCGAAUCAAUGGACCAGCAAUCUUACCAACUGCACCUCAGCUCAAACCACAUGGGCAGCCACAUACAAACCAGCAAUAGCGAGGAUAUGAGUGAUAACUCCUCACCUUCGUGCGAGUUGGCACGUCUCAAUGGGUUUAGUGCUGUCCAUCUCGCUGCGUACUUUGGAAAGCUUUCCAUCAUUCGCCUUGUUCUGUCAACUUCUCCUGAAGAUGCAGACUUACUCAACAACAACGCCCAAGCUCCUCUUCACAUUGCGGCUUCUGAGGGCCACGCCGAAGUAGUGGGCGAGCUCCUCCGUUUAGGUGCAAAUGCGACCCAGCAAGACAAUGAUGGGCGCACAGUUUUGCACGUAGCAGUGUUAAAGGGACGUUUGAACAUUGUGCGCUUACUGCUGCGCAGCGUUGACGCUCAAGGUAUAAUCAGCAUGGCGGACAACGCUGGGAAGACUCCUUUGCACCUUGCCGUAAUGCAAGGGCGCAAUCAAAUUGUGCAAGUACUGUUAGAGAGGGGUGCAAAUACACGAACUCCAAUCCGUUAGGGAACAGAAGAGCCGAUAAAUACUACAUAGAAC